AUGUUCGCCCCAAGGAACACCUUGCUGGAGGAGAAAAAGCGUCUAGAAUCGGCUAUGAUGCAUCGCGACGAGGAGUUGGAGGAAGCGCAGACGGCCCGUGAAGAGGCGGAGGAUCGCUACAAACGCACUCUUAGUCUGCUUGAACAGGCUCAGGUCGACUUGGGUUUGGAGCGCACCAACGCGCAACGCAUUGAAACUCAACGCGCUACCUUCGAGAAGCAGAUUAAGGAAUUGCGUGAGAAGCUGGCCGAGCAGGAGCGUGACAGUGGCAAGCGACUGAAGCUUCAGGUUGCAACGAUGGAGGAACGUCUGGCUGCAAUGGACGAGCAAUUAGAGAAUGAAAACAAGGAACGACAGAAUGCCAAUCGUGCUGCUCGUCGUUUGGAUAAGCGUCUCAAAGAGGUUUCGCUGCAGCUGGAAGAGGAGAAAGCAUACGUGGUACAACUGAAAGACCAGCUGGAGAAGACGCAGACAGCCUGCAAGCGAAACAAGCAGAACCUGGAAGCAAUGGAGGACGAAGCAAGCAAUUUGAGAACGCAGAAGCGUCGUAUCCAACGUGACCUAGAAGAGACCACUGAGCAAAAGGAGGCUUUUGAGCGCGAGCUCCAAAUGCUGCGUGCAAAACUUAACCGUGGCACGCGUAGCGCCCACAGGGGAUCAACUGGUACCUCCCGUCCCUCAACUCGGACAGGUGGAGGCACCCCUGAGGACGCCCAAUCUGGUGCUGAUGUUGAUGUCUCGGGAUCCAACGAGGGCACCCUCAACGAGACUACCAACUCCACUACUAAAAAUAAUUCCACAAAAUCGCCUUGA